CGCCGCGAAGCCCCGCCCCUCAAGCCGCUGUCACUGCCGCAGCAGCAGAUAUGGCUUCUGUUAGCUGAACGCUGCUGGUACUGGAGAUGAUUUGACCCGUUUCCUCUCACCCUUUUACUAUUUAUUUAGCUUAUUCAACACACAGACGGUCAAAAUUUAAACCCAGGAUGUGCUCCGUCGUCGGUUGUGAUUCGUUUCGUAGAAAUGCGAAGCGGUUUAAGUUACCAGAGGACCCGGAGGAGAGGCUUGAAUGGGUCCAGUUUGUUCUGGAAGUCAACGGACAGCGACUGAAAGAAUCCUCCUGGACUGAUAUCACCAUCUGUAGUGAACAUUUUACUACUGACUGCUUUGUAGACCAGAGUUUACAGCUGAGGUCCGGUUCUGUCCCAUCACUGUGUGUCAAGUCAGAGGAAGCUCAGGAGACUGCGGAAACCACAGAAGUUUUUCCUCAGGAUGAUCAACUCAGAGCAUGUGACAGUCUGACGUCUGCUUCAGAAAAGUCUUCCAUUUGUAUGAGUGCCCCAGAAAGCCCAGUGCCAAGUGACACCUCUGAUUCUUUCUCUGAUUAUGGAUCCUUGCUACAAAAAGUUGUGAACAUUGAUAUGAUCCGAGAAAAAGCUGCUCUUCUUCAGAUGAAAGGGAAGUAUGUUGUGAAUGAAAACCAACUCCUCCAGCUGUUCAACAGCAUGUGCCCUUUCUGCGGUUCUAAAGUAAAUGUGGAGAAGACUAUCCACGGGGUCGUCAUCGUCCUGAACCAGCAGUGCCUGAGCUGUGACUACAGGAACCAGUGGAAAAGUCUGGUCGGUGCCAGCGUCCCUGCAGCUGAAGAUAAACCCCCGUCAGGAGACACGGAAGUCAAAUCAGAGAUGGUGUCAGUGGAUGACAAUCAAAGCAGCAUCACAUGUGUCUCUGAGUCAGUUGAAGUUACUGAUAAGCAGAGUGAGCCUGCAGACGAAGCAGAGGAGUCCAGUGAUGAAGGCGGCAUAGACUCAGAUGAGAACUGGAAGCCAGUGAUACAGCGUUCGCUUCCAAAUGAGGUUCAGAGUGAUUCUGAAGAGGAAAGUGAAAGUGAAUAUGAAGAUGAUGAUCUGUCCCUCUUCCCCCAGCACAGUCAGCUCUGCACGGAUUGUGGAAAGUUUUUUAAUAAAAGAAAGUCGCACACCUGCGAGCACAAAAUAAAGCCCUAUUCUUGCUAUAUUUGUGGCAAAAGGUGUGUCAGUGAGAUCGCUCUAAAUUCUCACAGCAGGAUCCACGAUGAAAACUAUGAGCAUCGGUGCAAAUACUGCCACGUUACAUUCAAAACAAAGGUGGCUAAAAUGACCCAUGAGCAGACCCACCAAACUGAAGGAAAACCCUAUAAAUGCCCAGACUGUUCAGAGACAUUUGCCUCUAAUAAGGAGCGAACACUUCACCUGGAAGACCACAGAGGCCCCAGGCAGUUAAAAUGUCACAUCUGUGGGAUUGAAUUCAGCCGCCCUACUCCUCUCCAGAGACACUUGGCGGUUCAUACUGGAGCAAAGCCUUUUAAGUGCUCGGUGUGCCAACGUGGCUUCAACCAGCCGAGUCACCUGAAAUCCCACAUGCGCCUGCACACAGGGGAGAGACCUUACAAGUGUCAGCACUGUGAUAAAUGCUUCAAUCACAACGUGAGCUUGAAGAGUCACAUCCAGCGUUACCACACAUCCAGCUCUGGAUGUGAGCAGAAUACAUGUAAAGUAAACAAAAUUGUGAGUGAUAGAGAGAAAGAACAGGAUAAAGAAAAGGAGGUGCAGAAAGAGAGGGUACAUGUGCCAAAAAAGAGGAGCAGCGGUAGACCCAUAGGACGGCCUAAGAGAAAUACACCAGGAGAAAUGCAAGGUUCAAAUAAGACCGCCAAAGUAAAAGCACGGAAGAGAGCACACUACAGUGAUAAAGAUUGUGAUGAUGAGCCAAUUAAACAUGACGUAACUGUGGAGGAGGAGGAGAGGAGGGAGCAAGCCACCGCACGGAAAUCAAAAGGAAGACCAAAAAACUCUGACUGUGACUCACGGAAGCGUCAGAGAAGACCAAGAAGAAUCGGGCAGUUAAAGACUCUUAGAAAGACACUGACCUAAAAAAAAACAUUAUUGAGGUCAAGAGAAAGUUAUACAUGAAAUAUGAAACAUGAAGGACUAAACAUAAACUGGGGUAUCUUCAGAUUUCAUUAUUUUUUACUGUUCAGACUAUUUCACCUUUUUAAUCCAGUUAAUUGGUCAGAGGUGGGUAAAAGUAAAUGAAACUGGCAAGAUUUUAAGUGCCUGUUUUCUGCCAUAAGGAGGCCAUAUGCUGUAUAAGAGGAUGAAAAGUGCGACUUGCUCAUAUAUUAGUGCCAUCUGUUCUGUACUACAGUUUGUCCUCCGUUGGGUUAGUGUGUACAAUUAGGCCUGUGCGAUAAGGCAAUAAUCUUUCUUACUGGUGAUAGACUUUUCAUCUAUACAAGAAGAAAGUUACUCAGUAGAAACCAUUACGGGCAGAGCUCCACAAACCAAACAUUACGAAAACGUAAAGUUUUAUAAACAAACUUCGUCGCCUCUAAGCAGCCUGUGUACCUUGACAGUAAAGCCCUAUUUGCCCUGUUCUCCUGUGGAGGUCUCCCAAGAUGUGCUAGUCUGCCGCCAGCUGGGCCUCUCGUCACCGCUGUCCUCCACCACCUCCACCCAAUAAACACACUCCCUGUGAUCUGCUGUAGGGGUUGACAUCAGGGUGUAUCUGGGGCCUAUUCAGUGAUUCCCAGUCCAAGCCAGACACUCAGCUUUGCCUUGUGAUUUACUUGCUUUUUUGUUGUUUUAUAUGUAUGAAUGUAAGAUAAUUUAUUCAUCGUUAUUUAUUUUAAUUUCUUAAUUAAGGCCAGGAGAAAAUAAGGUUUGAUUUAUAUUUAUCCACCUUACUUUGAAUUUAACCACUUCAGCCUAUUUAUCAAGGUGCGCAGGUAAUAAUUUUAACAUUAACGAAACAACAGAUUAAAACAAUACGGGCAUAGAAAUAAAUUUAAACACCUCAUUGUAAAAAUUGUAGAUUAAUACUGAAGACAUCAAAACUACAAAAGAAUGCAUAUGGAAUUAUUUUGUACACAAAAACAGUGUCAAUCCCAGCCCUUUUUAUAGUUAUCAGAGGGUUGAGGGUGCAUUUCAACACCUUUGAUCAAAGAGAACCUGAAAAGCAACUUUGUAGUUGUGCAAGAAGCUCAUGACUCAAAAAGGAAUACAGCAGUUUGAUUGAGGAACUAGAGGUUUCCCCAGUAGGUGUUUAUAAUGUCAUAAUGAAUUUCUAUAAUGUUAACAAGAAAAGCACUCAGAGAGCGCAGUACUCCGCCAAAGCCGCUCAGUUGUUGAAUCAUUUCUGACAGAUAAGUCCCGAUAAGUCUGCAGCGGUUGGUUUGUAGUAGGAUCACCAUCAUGUGAUCGUCAGCAGGCAGCUGACGUAGUGUUCACUUGUAGUCAUAGUUACAGUGACGCUGUACUGCUAUCUCAUAAUGAUACAGAAAUCCUUAACAAAUCUGUGGAUUCGUGGAUCCAGACUAUAAGCCACAUCACUGCCAAAAUUUAAUUAAUUGGUCCUUGUGUCAUUUCUGACCUUCCCUGAAAAUUUCAUCCAGAUCCGUUAGUCCAUUUUUGAGUAAUAUUGUGAACGGAUAGACAAACAAACCAAUGGCGAUAGUCACAUAACUCCGCUGCGUUCUUUGGCGGAGUAAUUAUAAUUAUAACAAAUUAUUGUUCUUUUUUGCAGAUAAAUAAGAAACUAAUGUCAA